CUCUGAAGACAGCCUCAGAGGGGUGUCCAGAGGCUGACUGUGAGGGCCAGAGGGCAGAGACGGGGAGGGACACAGCAAAGGAACAACACACGGAGCCAGAAAGGGAAGGAGCCCCAAAGGGACAAGGAGCCCAACAUCCAUCCUCGCAGCCACAGUCGCAGUGGGAGCCAGCCCUGGGAGCAGCUCCGCUGCCUGUCUGUCCCCAUGGGCCUCUGCGGGCCAUGGCUGCACACUUCUGUCCUCUGGGCCACAGUGGCCAGCCUGCUCCUCCCCCCCGCCAUGACCCAGCAGCUGAGAGGGGCUGGACCCGGCCCCAGCAACUGGGAUGACCAUGCAGGAGCUUCGGGGCCCUCGGAGGACGUGUCGGGCAAGUCUGACCACCCCGCGCACAGCCACGGAGGCCAUGGAGAUGAGAACAGGGAUGUUUCCACAGACAGUGGGCACCAUUUCUGGGGCCACGGAGACCACGGAGAAGAGGACGAAGAUGUCUCCAGAGAAUCCCAAGGCCAUAGGUACCAAGGCCGCGAGGUGGGAGAUGAGAACGUCUCUGACGAGGAGGAGUACCCCAAGCAUGCUCAGCAGGCCCACGGACACAGACACCACAGAAAAGAAGACGCAAAUGAUUCAGCUGAGCGCGGGGACCACUUCCCCAGCCACGAGAGCCAGAGCCAUCAAGACGAGGAGGAGGAGGAAGUUGUGUCCAGUGAGCAUCACCAUCAUCACGUCGUCAGGCAGGCCCACCGAGGCCACAGAGAAGAGGAAGAUGAAGACGAGGAAGAGGAGAAUGUCUCCACUGAGUAUGGACAGCAGGUCCACAGAUGCCAGGACCGCGGGGAGCAGGAGGACAAAGACGGCUCAGAGGAACAUGACCGCGACCAUGGCCCCAGCCACAGACAUGGGGGCCACGAAGAUGACGAUGACGGCGAUGAUGCUGUCUCCACCGAGCGCAGACAUCAAGUCCACAGGCACCGAGAUCAUGGGGAAGAGGAGGAGGAGGAGGCUGUCUCAGAGGAACAUCCCCACCAUCACAGCUCCAGCCACAGACACCAGGGCCACGAAGAAGAAGCAGAUGAUGAAGAUGAUGAUGAUAUUGUCUCCACUGAGCACAGACAUCAAGUCCACAGGCACCAAGAUCAUGGGGAGGAGGAGGAUGACGAUGACUCAGAGGAACAUCACCACCAUGGCCCCAGCCACAGAUACGGGGGCCACAAAGAAGAAGAAGAAGAUGAUGAUGAUGAUGAAGAUGACGAUGAUAUUGUCUCCACUGAGCACAGACAUCAAGUCCACAGGCACCGAGAUCAUGGGGAGGAGGAGGAUGACGAUGACUCAGAGGAACAUCACCACCAUCAUGGUGGCAACAAGGAAGAUGAGGAUGAGGAUGUGUCCACGGAGCACUGGCACCAGGGCCCCAGACAUACCCACCAUGGCCUUGGAGACGAGGAGGAAGAGGACGAGAUCACAGUCAAGUUCAGCCACCAUGUUGCAAGCCCCCAACCCCAAGGCCACAAGAGCGCUAAGGAGGAGGACUUCCCGGAAGAUUAUAAAACAGCAGUCCCUGGCCAUGACCACCAUGGAGUCCCCAAGGAGGAAGAUGAGGACAUCUCUGCCAGGCUUGGCCACCAGGCUCCCAGCCACAGGCAGCAGGACCACAGAGAUGAGGGCACUGGCCACAGAGGGUCCAUCAGGGAAGAGAUGAGCCACCGGUCCCCAGAACACAUGGGGGUGAAGGAUAGAAGCCACUUAAAGGAGAGCGAUUCUGAGGAGGACGAGGAAGAGAAGGAAGAGGAUCACAGCUCCCGUGAAGAAGCCAACGAAGGUUCAGAGGAGGGAGGAGAAGGCACCCGUCAUGGCAGCCUGGAUGACCAGGAGGAUGAGGAAGACGAGGAGGAAGGGCAUGGCCUCAGCCUGAGCCAGGAGGAGGAGGAAGAGGAGGAGGAGGAAGAGAAGGAGGAAAAGAGAGAAGAGAGAGCUGAGGUUUGGGUCCCACUGAACCAAGACCACCAGGAGGAAGAUGAAGAGGAGGCGGGGCUCGAAGAAGAUGAACUCCCCUUCACCAUCAUCCCCAACCCGCUGACCCGGAAGGAGGUGUCUGGAGGUGCCUCCAGUGAGGAAGAGAGUGGCGAGGACAAGGGUCAGCAGGAUGCCCCGGAGUAUGGGAACUACCAGCCAGGGUCCCUGUGCGGGUACUGCUCCUUCUGCAAUCGAUGCACUGAAUGUGAGAACUGUCACUGUGACGAGGAGAACAUGGGAGAGCAUUGCGACCAGUGCCAGCACUGUCAGUUCUGCUAUCUCUGCCCGCUGGUCUGCGAAACUCUCUGCUCACCGGGAAGCUACGUCGACUAUUUCUCCUCGUCCCUGUACCAAGCCCUGGCAGACAUGCUGGAAACUCCGGAACCCUGACCCAGCCUCGCGGCUGCGGCGCAGACAUACCUCCUUGGCCCUCCAAACCCUUUCCACGAGCCAUAUUUAUUUCUCUGAAUAAACGUGCUCCCCGAGACCUCACUGUCAGGCGUGGGGUCGUGGGUUUGAGGGAGAAGAGGCCUGAACUCCUCGAGGUGUUUGGUUUACUAGGUCCUGAUAAAUAAAUCAGUCAACACGG